AUGGAAGGACCAGUACGGUAUGAGCUGUCAGACCUUGACCGACAAGCGCCAGAUACGAUCGUGAAAUGUUUCACAUUUUGCAAGCUCCAGGAAACGCUUGAACUGGACAAACUGAAGGAAGCCUUGCAGCAAGGACUGGAUAGUGCGAUUGAACAUCUUCCAUUCAUGGCUGGAAACAUUUGUGUUGAUCAGUCUGGCAAGCCAUACAUUGAAUCUGUACCCGGGACUCGAGUGGAACUUCAUGUUAAGCACUACACAAGCAAGCAGCACAAGUCUUUUACAGAUCUCGCUCAAAAUUGUUUUCACCCGGAUGAUCUGGAUCUGGCUAUGUUGCUUCCCGAGUUGCCUGUGGACCACAUACCAGCAUGUGGGCUUCAGCUGAAUGUCAUCGAAGGUGGUCUGAUUCUUGCCAGCUCUGCACAUCAUUUUGCGGUAGACUUCACUUCCAUGAGGAUCUUCCUAGGUGCUGUAUAUAUGGGCAGCAAAGCAUACUAUUAUGGUUACCCAUUGCUCAACUUUGCUAUAAGCCUGGACAGAAGGCCUUUCAACGGACAGUCGGUCCCGGAAAGCGUAUCGAAACAAGAAUUGUUGGAUCUGUGUCCUGAGUAUCGAGUUCUUGACUUGAAAGGAACACUCAAUUGUCGCUCAAACGCCGUGGACUUGGCAGAAUACCAGAUGAAAAUCUACAAGAUCAGCGAGGAGGAGAUUGCAGAACUCAAAGAACAAUGCUAUCUACCUGAAGGCGUGAAAUAUGUCACCUCCUUCGACUGCAUCUCAGCCGCACUCUGGAAGUCAGUCACUCGUGCCCGCGUCUCAACUACUGUGGAGAAAUUGGCCUAUUCUUCCCUCGUUUUCACUAUAGACCUUCGUUCUCGUGAUCCAGAGCAUGUUACAUCUACAUGUUACUUUGGGAACGCCGUUGCCCUGAUCCAAGCAGGGCCCUUGGACGCUCAAUCCUUGUUAGGUGGUGAAGGCAUCUCUAUUGCAGCCUCUUCGAUCCGCCAAAAGAUCAAUGGAGUGACCAUUUCAUCUAUCAAAGAUCUUACCCAGCUGAUACGUUGUUUGCCUCCCAAUGAAAAACUCAAAUACGACGCGGAGUUUAAGGAUACGGAUUUUCUAGUAAACAGCUGGUUUUCGGAAAAAGUAGAAGAUUUUGACUUUGGUGCUGGUGUGCCUGAAGCAUUACGCCCAAAACCAAACCCAUUGAUAGGGGCUUUCUGCGUGUUCCUUCCUUGUUUUGACAAUCCAUCGAAGCGCACUUACGAAUUGCUGAUACAGCUUCGCCCCAAAGAGCAUGAGAUGUUAAAGGAAGACCCUUUUUUUUUCAGGUAUUUCAAGCCUGUUUCCUACCCUGCACUGUGA